UUGUCCUCUACCUCCCAUUACGUUGCCCGCGGAGACCUAUACUUGCCUCUGUGUAGAGAUUUCAGACAUGGGCUCAAGAGUUACACGCCUGUUUAGAAACUUCAAUAUAGAGAAUCGCGCUCACCGAGAAAUAAGCAAGACAAAAUCUAAAGCAGCGCCACGGCAUUCAGCACCAAUCGGUAUUCCACAAGAAGACAUUGCGGAAGAGAUCAACAAGAAGAAUGAUUCGCUGCUGUCAAUGCUGAAGGAUGUGUAUGUGGAGUCUAAAGAUCCAGUUCCUCAGGACGAAGCACUUCCAGAGGUUAAGAAGGUCGAGGAGGAGACGCAGCAAAGGGCGCUGAAGCAUAGUCUACCGAGUGCCCCCUAUGGUUUCUGUGACAUCACUGUUGUGCCGAAAGGCAAAAUUUCACUUGUGGAAGCGUUAACUGCACUGAACAAUCACAAACUCUUGCCUAAAACAUGGACUCCAGAGAAGCUGGCAGAGGAGUACUCUCUAGACCCAAAAGAUGCCAAAGCGCUGACAGAAUUCUUUUUUCCCUUUGACGUCAUAAUCAUUCCACCAAAAACAGAGGAGACUAAGCGGAUUGAUUCUUAGCACAUAUGAACAGUGUCGCAAACAGACUCGAGCCGUCUCUGAAACGCCACAGUAUCUAAAUACGUGUGUUAUGACCGUCGCUUGUAGUGUGUUUGUAUUAUUUGUUUUUGAAGGCCCUGUCAUAAUUAUUUAUUCAUUUUUGUCUCAUUUAAAGUAUUGCAUAUCCCAACAUGUAUUGUAGCAAUAACUUAACUAAGAGGAAAAAUCUUGUCAGCCAAAUCAAUUUCUGCUUCAAAACAUCAGUACAGGUUAUAAUUUUCAAUUAAUAUGAAGAAACUGGUUCAGAAAUGCUUCCUUUUUUUAUGUGAACACUGUAGUUUGCAUCUGUUUUUACUGACAAUAAAUCAGUUGUCCUUGCAUUGGUCAAA